AGCGGUGGCGGAGGGAGCGAGGGGAGAGCCGGCGGAGGAAAAAAAAAAAAAAAAAAAAAUCAGCGGUGGAGGUUCACCUACUCAAACAAACAGGAAGCAGACCGGGCUCCUGUCCUGUCCACCUGUGAGUCAAACUCCGUGUCUUGCGUAGAGACAGCCGUGGGCCGCCUGUCACACAGACUUUUUACACGUCAAACGGCUGUGUUGUGAAGACGUAACCGCUGAAGAACCAAGUUUGAGCUGUUAGUUCGACCUUACGACACACAGUAAAGAUGCAGGGUCCCCACCACUACCCAGACACCCCCAGCCAGGAGCAGAGGCCCAGGAAAUAAGAGGCUCUUGGAAAAAGCAGGUCCUUAUGGUUGAGGUUGUGUGUGCUGCUCCUUGCCAUGCCUCCUGCCAUGACAGACCUCCUGGAUAUAUGGGUAGACCAUUCACCCCUGGCCGGCCAUGCUUCGGACCAGAUCACCGUGGACUUCCUGCUGCCCACAGGUAUCUACAUCCAGAUGGAUGUUCCACGCGAGGCCACCAUUCAGCACAUCAAACUGCUCUUAUGGAAGCAGGCUCAGUCAUUCCCGCUGUUUCCCGCCUUGGGAGAGAUGGAAAGCCACAUGUUCGAAUGUGUCAACCAGGCAGCCGUGCAUGAAGAGCUGGAGGACGAAACUCGGCGACUGUGCGACAUCCGGCCUUUCCUGCCGGUCCUCAAGUUGGUGACGCGUAACUGUGGCCGAGCAGAACGCUUGUUAGACUCCAAAAUCGGCGUGCUCAUUGGCAAGGGUCUUCAUGAACUGGAUGCCAUAAACGACCAGGAGGUAAAAGACUUUCGCAGUAAGAUGUUCCGUAUGAGUGAGGAGAGGAUGCAGCGAGUCCAGAUGAUGACGUGGAUGGAGUGGCUGCAGGCCUGCUUCUCCCCGCAGCUGGAGACCUCGGGUGGGGCGACCAUUACUGAUGGAGUCGCUGAGCGGCCAGCCGACCUGAAAGUCAUUAUUCACUUCGACCAAUCCCAGGACUCGGCUAGUCUUAAGGUACCAUCAAGCUGCACCACUGCUGAACUAAUGGAGAUGGCUGUGAAGAAGUGGCUGACCACCCACGGGCCAGAGGAGGAGGCAUGGCGCGGUCAGUAUGUACUAAGGGUCAGCCAUUGCCUGGAGUUCCUCUGUGGAGACCACCCCCUGAUACUGUAUAAGUACAUCCGCUUAUGUAUACAGGUUAAGGAGCCUCCCCACCUCACCCUGGUCCACACCAGCACUGUCAAGGCCAUGUUUGACAAGGAAAUCUCUGCCAUCGGAGCUGUGGUCAGCCGCAAGUCCUCCAACCCACCUUUACCACUACCUCCCAAAAGAAGGGUUCCUACGCAAGUCCAAACAUGUGUGUGGGACGUGUCAAGCCUGUUUAAAAUAGUCCUGGUGAGUGGCAGCAAGGUGAACGCGGAGGAGACUGCCAAGGUUCAGGUGAGAGCAGGGCUGUUCCAUGGCACAGAGCUGCUGUGCAAACCAGCGGUGAGCAGCGAAAGCAGCGGACGCUCGGACCACACGUGGAAAGACAGCACGCUAGAGUUUGACAUCGCUGUGUGUGACCUGCCGCGCAUGACCCGCCUUUGCUUUGCCAUCUAUGCUGUCAUGGAUAAGGUCAAGAAGCAGAAGUCCACCAAAAAUACCCACCUCAACAAGUACCAGACGAUCCGCAAAGCAGGAAAAGUGCACUACCCUAUAGCCUGGGUCAACACCAUGGUGUUUGACUAUAAAGGCCAGUUGAAGACUGGAGAUAUCAUCCUGCACUGCUGGUCUUCCUUUCCUGAUGAACUUGAAGAGAUGCUGAAUCCCAUCGGAACCAUUCAGACCAAUCCAUACACUGAGAACGCUACAGCACUGCACAUCCACUUCCCAGAGUACUCGUCACACCCCAUCAUCUUCCCUCCCUUCGACAAGAUACUGGAAAAAGCUGCAGAAAUCGCCAGAGCAAGUGACUGUGCACCCAUGGGUCGUGGAGGUAAGAAGUUUCACAUAGAGCUUAAGGAGAUCAUGGAGCGCGAUCCACUCUCUCAGCUGUGUGAAAAUGAGAAGGAUUUGAUCUGGACACUACGGUACGACUGCCGUGAGAAUUUUCCUCAGUCACUGCCCAAGCUGCUACUCUCCGUCAAGUGGAGCAAACACGAGGACAUGGCCCAGCUCCAGGCACUGCUUCAGAUCUGGCCCAAACUGAGUCCCAGAGAUGCUCUGGAGCUCCUGGACUUCAACUAUCCAGACCAGUAUGUUAGAGAAUAUGCUGUGGGCUGCUUGUCUGAUAUGAGUGAUGAGGAGCUGUCCCAGUACCUGUUGCAGCUGGUUCAGGUAUUGCGUUAUGAGCCUUACUACGAUUGCGCCCUCACCCACUUCCUGCUGCAGCGCGCCCAAGGAAACCGCAAGAUAGGGCACUUCCUAUUCUGGCACUUGCGGUCAGAAAUCCACAUGCCGGCUGUUUCAGUCCAGUUUGCCCUCAUUUUAGAAGCUUACUGUAGAGGCAGCAUCCCUCAUAUUGAGGUUCUGAAAAAGCAGGUGGAAGCCUUGAGUAAGCUAAAGUCAGUCAAUGAGUUGAUAAAACUGGGAACUAUCAAGAAUGCUCGCAGUAAGACAAAAGAGGCAAUGCUGACCAAAGAGGCCAUGAUGACUUGUCUGAGGCAGAGUGGCUACUCAGAAACCCUGUCAGACCUGCACUCCCCUCUAAACCCCAACAUCCUGCUGUCUGGCAUCAAUGUGGAAAAGUGUCGGUACAUGGACUCUAAAAUGAAGCCACUCUGGAUUGUUUACAACAACAAGCUGCUGGGGGGAGACACACGGGGCAUCAUCUUUAAAAAUGGAGACGAUCUAAGACAGGAUAUGCUGACCCUGCAGAUUUUGAGGUUAAUGGAUCUGCUAUGGAAGGAAGCUAAUCUUGAUCUCAGAAUUGUACCAUAUGGUUGCUUAGCAACUGGUGAUCGAGCUGGCCUGAUUGAGGUGGUCUCAUCUGCUGACACGAUUGCCAACAUUCAACUGACCAGCAGCAACGUAGCAGCAGCUGCCGCCUUCAACAAGGAUGCUUUGCUCAACUGGCUUAAAGAGAGGAACUCUGGUGAUGCUCUUGAACGGGCCAUUGAGGAGUUCACUCUUUCGUGUGCAGGCUACUGUGUAGCAACAUACGUCCUGGGCAUUGGAGACCGCCACAGUGAUAAUAUCAUGGUCCGCAGCACAGGACAGCUCUUUCACAUAGACUUCGGCCACAUUCUAGGCAACUUCAAGUCCAAGUUUGGCAUCAAGAGGGAGCGUGUACCAUUUAUCCUGACACAUGACUUUAUCCACGUCAUACAACAGGGCAAGACGGGUUACACAGAAAAAUUUGGCAGCUUCCGCCAGUACUGUGAGGAGGCUUAUCUUAUUUUGAGGAAGAACGGAACCCUCUUCAUCACGCUGUUUGCCCUCAUGCUCACUGCUGGCCUGCCUGAACUCACCUCAGUCAAAGACAUCCAGUAUCUUAAGGAUUCUCUGGCUCUGGGUAAAACAGAUGAUGAAGCACUGAAGCAGUUCCGCCAGAAGUUUGACGAAGCCCUGAGAGAAAGCUGGACAACCAAAGUCAACUGGAUGGCCCACAAUGUGGCCAAAGACAACCGCUCAUAGAGCAGCUGAGACUCUCGGGAUGAGGGGUGAAGGGAGCAAAAGGACCCAGUGAAGGAGCAUGUGUGGAAGGUACCAAGGAGACGGGGUGACAGUAUAUUUAAAGAAGGGAAUCUAAUAGAAUAUCCCAACAGGAGCAGAUCCACCACCACAUGUACUAACCUUACACAGUAAACCCAGAACAUUCACCCACUGCUCCCCAUGGUUCUCAGUCCUCGCACCUCUCUGGCAUCAUGUCUACCGAAAAUCCAAAUUCAUAGGUCUUGUGACAUUUCUGCGGUAUCAUGGUGGGUGACGUUGUUGCCGUUUUGCACAGGCACAACCAGUGAUGGAGUGCACAGCCAAAGGAAGGGAACUGAAGCAGCCACUCUGCCCACACUAAGCCUUCAGAGACCCACUGCCCCCUGUGGAACAAUCUGAACCUCUGAUUAACAAAUCACGUUUCAAAGUGGUUUCAUUUUGUCAGGUGGACAUGGCAUGUACAGACUCUCAAGGGGGGAAGGGGGCAUGAGGGGGUAUGGUCUCACCACGCCGCCCCACCCCUGGACUGUGCCAAGUACAGAUGAGAUAACAAAGGGGUGUGGAAAGACAAGAACGUCUGGGUCCCCACUUUUGUAACAGUUACUCCCGCUGCCUACAAGUGUGCCUCGAAACUGUGGGAAGAUUGUAUUUUUUAUGACUUUUGUUUUUCUUUUGCCAUUUAAGAAUGAUCAUAAGACUUCUAUGUGCCAGACUACUUUAUUAGUCCGCAGAGAAAGUGACAAAAGAGAAGGAUUAAUUAGAGUAAAAGAUGACCUGAGCCUUUUGGUCCACUGUGUGAAUCUUAGCUCAUUUGGACCUUGAACACUGGAAUGUUUCUAGAAAGACAUAUAAGAAACCCUAGGUAGUCUUUUAAUGGACUUAACUCUUCAUAUUUUUUUUAGUUUCUUUUGUGUUCAAGAUGACAAUGUGCAUUUUUUUAAAUUAUCAAAUCAAGAGCAUUAUUGGACAAAAACCUGUCACCUAUGAGUCAUCACUGCCCCCCAGAAGUACUCGUUUCAAAGUUCUCCCAUUCUCGCUAGCAACUCAUAACAGAAUACUCAUUGAGAAAUAACUGAUGCUUUUAAUGUGUUUUUUAGGACCAAAACAGAAUGCAAAUGUUUAAUUAUUUUAUUGUUUAUACUGUGUUUUUAAAUAUGUUUCAGAAUUGAAUGUGCAAAUAUGUGCCGCUCUCUUUUUAAGUGUAUUUGUUUUUAUACAAGCAGGUGUUCAGGGGGAGUCUGGGGCCCAUGUGGCCACGAUUUAUCAGUAGACAUUUACUCUGUGAUGCAAAGCUACUUUUUUUUUUUUGACAAAUGGUGCUCCUCCAGCAUCUGCAUCUGUGUUUGGUUUUUGUGCAAUAUCUGUAAAAACGUAUACAAACCAUAUCUUAUUAUAUAAAACCUUGGGCCCCAGCCUAAGCCUAUAAUGGUUUUUUCUUCAUACGUUUAUGUGUGAUGAAGCGAUAUUUCGCACCACUAGCCUUCAAAAGUCUCAGACACUGGAUAUUGUCAAAUGUACAGGCUUUUAAUGUUCUGCUGGUUUUUGUUUUCAUAGGAGUUUUAUUAAAGUUAUUUUCCACCGCACUGCA